AUGCAGUCUGAAAUUCAGGAGGCUAUCAUGAGAACACGGGUUGAAAAGUGGCUCAGCUCGAUCAGCGAAGCAGAAAUCGUCCCAGAUGCCACGAACGCUCCACAAACAUUCACUUAUGAUUUGUUCCACAUUGACUUCGGGGAACUUGAACCAGAGUCCCAAGCUUCCAUCCCUGGAAUCGAGAUAUGGGACUGGUGUGGGAAGUGGUGUGAGUCUGUGAACGAUGCCGAUGACGAGGCAUCUUUAAGUGACGAACGUUCUACUCCGGACUCCGACUGGGAUACUUCAUUUUACCACUCAGCUUAUUCUCACUAUGAAAGUGACGACUCGUCUUCAGACAGUUAUUCGGGAUCCAAGUAUUCAGAAAGCGAUUCGAAAUUCGAGCCGACGCUCACGAUGACCUGUGUUGUGCUUUGAUGACUCGAAGCAUAAGAGUCAAUCCAAGAGACUAUAUAGAGAGAGUGGAAGGAGAAGUAUAAACUCACUUGAUACGGUAGAUGACAGAGAGGUGAAAGAAGAGCCAACUCGAG